AUGAGCUCCCCGGAUGAUGAGGUGUCAGUUUGGGGAGCGGGUUUCUGCCCAGAGGGCAGGGAGCAGACCUGCAUCCCUCGGGCCGGCUCCGCGGCCCCGCAGGGACCUGGACUGGGCUCCAAGGUGAGGACAUCGCGAAGCGGCGAGGGUGAGGGUGGAGAUGGGUACCCAAACCCUGAGGGAUUCAACUCAGAGUGGGAGGUGCUGGAAGCGGGGGGGGCCGGUGCUGUGGGGCUGCGAAGACCAGCUUGGUUCCCUGGCCGAAAAACAAAGGGGACGCCCUGCAGCUGGCUGACGAGUCGGUGGCGGGCAUUCCUGCGGCAACUGAGUGACCUGGACAUACUGGGCGUCCGCAGAUACCUGUCCCUGGAGAGCUAUGUGAUCACCGAUGUGUCCUCCUUGUGGGCCGACCUCGAGGCGGGUCCCAGUGGUCGAGGCACGGUCCCCCAGAGUUGUGGGGCAGCGGUGCUGGCUGCGGCCGGCCCUCUCCAGGUCGGUGGGGCUGAGGCGGGCCGGGCCUGGGGGAACCCUAAGAGAUGCACUAAGAGUAGGUUGAACGUGGCUGCAGAUCACCAGCAGCCCCCCUCAGAAGGCUCGUUUGGGCUGCUGUCUGACUCCGAGUCCUCUGAUGAGUUCAGUGAGAGAGAGCUGAUGAGGGUGAGCAUUUAUCCCAAAGAAGGAGGCCAAGCCAAGCUCAACAGCCUCAAGGACCCCGGGAACACACCCAGAUGCUCGAAUGUCCAAGGCAGGGAGGAUCUCCUUAACGUGCCAGGCACUCGCCUGUCCUCGGCGCCGCCAGGAUUAAUUUCGGUUGUGGAAAGGCAGGGCAGGCAGGGCGAUGCAGAGCAGGAGGAUGCCUCUCCCCCUAAGAAAAUGCAGAGUGUGCUCUGGGGGGAAGGGGGCAGCCUGCCCAGCUACCCGAGAGUAGCAUUAGCAUCAGCUCGUGCAGCUGCCACUACAGGCAGCGGGCCGCGGCCCACUCCUAGGAGGAAGGGGGUCCAGGAGAAGAAAUCCCUUGGGGGCGUCUCCAAACCUGCCGUGGGGAGAACCUUCCCUUCCUGGGGGCAGGGAAUCUCGGCCACUCCCCUGGAACCGGCCACCUUCCCCCCAAUCUCCGGCAUCCCGCUGCGCGGGGGAUCCAAGAAGUAUGCCUUGGUCCUUUGGGGAGCCGAAGAGUCCAAGCACACUGGCGCUGGGAAGAAACCCGUCGCUAGGCGCGCCUGGGGGUCGAUGGCAGCAAUGGCGGUGUCGGGAGAAGAGAAGGACCCAAAUAGAGAUCCAUUCCCAAAGGGCCAACUGACCACUGGCAGGCCAGGGCCAUCUUGUCCAUGGGUGCAGCAUGGAGAACCCAGCAGCGCCAACCUCAACAUCCGAGGUGCACAGGAUUCAGAAAACUCCGAGCCCGUGGCCAUGAACAAGGGAGAAGUCAGGCCCGGAGGGCCUGGCCCCUCAGGUGACCAGGAACCAAGUGACCAUCCCCCAAGACCGAAAAGGCAGCAGCAGCCACGCGGACGGCAGGGCUGUCCUCGGUGUCUGGUGCUACAGAGAGAAAUAGAUGACCUAAAGAAGCAACUUGCCGCCAUGCAGCACCUCGCUGACAAGUUCCAGAUCCUUUGA